ACCCCUCUCUCCUAAAAUCAUGAAGAUUCGAGAUCAUAGAACAUCGUGAUAAUAAUAUUAUGAUAUCAAAUAUUAACAAAUACACAACAUUCAACGACUCAACAGUUUUGUACGAUUAUAAUUUAAAAUUGUUUGUGAAUUUGUAAUUGGUUAUAAUUGUAAUAUAAAGGAGUAAUAAAUAUAACAAAUUUAGAAAAUAGUUUUGCUUCACUACAUACUUCCAUGGGAUUGAACUAAUAGUUUAUUGAUUUGUUAAUGCAUAACAAUUAAACUUGAGAAAAUGGAAAAAAUGACUCGUAGAAUGAAAAUGAAAAGUGUGGAAAGUUUGGUUUGCUUAGUAAAAUCAGUUGAAAAUCAAUUCACUACCAUUGAUUUACAAAAUGAAACAUCUCUCUAUGGACUUAUUAAAGAAGUUGAUUGUGAUAUGAAUAUAACUUUGAGUGAUGUUACUUUGACUGAUCCUAAUGGUAAUAGAUAUUACUGUGAUAAUUUUUUUUUAAAAUCAAGAUUGAUACGUUAUGUUCACUUAUCUCGAACUGUUGACAUUUUUCAAGCCAUGAAAGAUGUGGUAAGGAAAACGUUUCCAGUUCGAAUAAAAAAAAAAUCUUUUUCUCUGAAAAAAAAGAAAAUAUUGGCAAAACAGGAACAACUGAAAAGGGAAGUACAAAAUAUGAAAAGUAAAGAUAGUAAAGACGCAGAGUAAAAAUCAUCAAUAAGUAUAAAUUUUAAUUUAAAAUUUUUAUUUUUAUAAAUACAUAUAUAAUUUUA